UCCCAACAGCCGAUGCGCGGCAUCAUUUCAUCUCUCCGCAGAUCAUCUAACAGCAGCAGCCUGUUGCCCAGUCACGAUGAACAGUCUGAUGCGUUGACUAUGCUCUAAACAGGCCGUCCUGUGUUUUUUGGGGAGGUGGGGACUGGAGGCAGAGAUUUGGGGAGGGAUGAACUGACCGUUCCGCUCAUGUGACGGUCCGAUGCCGUGCGGUAAGCAUGUGCGCGUUGCGCGUUUGACUCGGACCGGUGACUUGGCGGCUUUGACGAGCAGGUUCGCCUGGAAGAAAGAGCUUUUGAAAUCCACAUCUCUAGGAGUCUUAAGGAUAUAAGGCAGAUUAACAUCAUGCUAUGCUACAGGGCUCUUUGAUCGUUUCUCAUCAUAUUAUUAUAAGAGAACCAUGAGCACUGUGGAGGAGGAACCGGACCACAUGAUACCAUGAAGAGAAGCCUGAAGGUCCUGCUCCACCAGCUGCUGAGUGUUUUCCUGAUUCUGUCGAUGCCAGUUGGGCUGGCGAUCUCCUCUGAGGAGCUUCACCCCAGCCGAACCCCUCUGGACCCUGUCUCAAUGUCAACAAGAAGCAUAACUCUUGCCACUCUCUCACCAAAGCCCUUAAACUGGCAAGAGGGUUCCAGCAGUGGUGAGCUGCAUGAACAAGCAUCGCCUCUUCUUGAAGGGUCUGCCAUCCGCACACUCCAGACACCGGAGACCACUGUACCUUCUGCCAAAGUCCCAGUUAUUGCUGUAACAGAGAGUGCAACACUUGGACUUCUUUCAAGGGACCAGACGGCAUUUCGAAUCCCUCAUUUGGAGAAAGUAGAUGCACCCAAACUGAGCUUUGGCACUUAUACUGACAGGCAGAGUACAAUCAGUAGCAAGCUACCAAACUGGCCCUCCAGUAGAAAACAAUCCACAAAUUCGGACUCUGGAUAUUCUUUUCUCUCAGGGACUGAAAGCAGUGUGGCCUCUGGUGAAACGUUCCCAGAGACUGGAAACAUGGGAGCGCAAAGGUCUGUCAAUCCCAUUCAUCAUCCAUCCUCGCUUCUAUCACCUUUAUCGUUUCCUGCUGCCAGAGCUCACAAAGGGCAAAGCGCCAAGGAGUUGGCUCCACAUCACAUUAUCACUUUGCGUGAUGUGUCUCAGACUGAGAACCCAACGCAACCUUUGGAUACGUUGGCACCAACUAAAAACCAGCCUCCUUCCCCAGCUCCGCCCUCCACACCCAAAACAACAUCCAACGUGACUUCUUUAGCAGAAAGCACUCUGGAAAACACUUCAGGUGGCAGCAAUGCAGCCACCAACACGACCGCCGAUUCUCUUCACCCGAUGGCUAAUGUCUCGGACAUUAUCAACAGCACUGAUGUCUCAUGGCCUGGAGCGAAUGACUCUAGCGUUGCAAAGACGCCCUCAACAGCGAGCGGGAGCUUCAUGAACAGGCAGGUUCCAGCCACCACGCAAGGCCCAUGGGAAUCUGGGAACCAGUCAGGUCCCGCACUGGUUCCUCCUCAUGAAAAAAAAACUAUCUGCCUGGACAAAAUGGACAUUGUGUGGUUGGUUCUUGCCAUUAGCGUGCCUGUUUCCUCAUGCUCCGUGCUGCUUACCGUAUGCUGUAUGAGGAGAAAGAGGAAGUCUGCCUCUCAGGAGAACAACUUGAGCUACUGGAAUGACGCUAUCACUAUGGAUUACUUCACUCGUCAUGCUGUGGAGCUCCCACGCGAGAUACAAUCACUGGAGACAGCUGAGGACCAAGAGACGUGUCUGCCCCCUAAUGGUGACUACAGCGACAGCGGUGUGGUUCUGGUUAACCCUUUUUGCCAAGAGACUCUUUUUAUCAACAGAGACAAAGCAUCUGACAUCUAAACAGCAUCACAUGAAAACAAAAUCAUCCCUUUUUUUUGCUUGCAUUUUUUAAGAAUAUACAUAAAUAUAUAUAUAUAUAAAUACAUAUAUGUGUAAACCUUCAGAGACUGUGGUUUAUAUAUUAAAAUGGUUUCAAGGCGCUGAAAGAAUAUGACAAAAAAGAUCAAAUGCUAUUUACUAUGAGGGGGGACCCUGCAUAUUUUUCUGAUGUGGAUUUUCUACAGACGGUUAAUUGUGAUAAGGGUUUUUAUGUCCUUUUGAAUAAAAAUCGUAAGUGUGGUUUCUGUUAGCUCCAGUGGCUUCGGUGAUGCGCAGAAUGCUGUGUGCCGUAAGGAUGUUCGUGUGACCCAUAACACUUAAUAUGAUUACUUAAAAAGCCUGCCGCACUUGAAUUCUGUAUGUAAGGGGAUGCCGGGGUAAGGGGCAUUGAUUCUGGGGGGUGUUUUGGAACAGGUCCACUGGGUUACCAUGGUAACCCUUGCUUUGCAUCUGAUGGAGAAAGUGUCACGAAAUUGUAAGUCACCAGCCGAAAGACAAAAUAUGUAAUGUCCCAUUCCUGCGUGCGUGUGCGUGUGUGUGUAUACAGUAUUUGUCCUGUUGCAUGCAUACUUCCUGAUUUGAGUUGUAUGUGUAUCUUUAAACAAAAAUCAAAUGGAAUUUCAUUCAUUUACACACUAUAAUUCUUAAUACAGUUGCACAAACAAUUAAAACAAAUGCUUAAAUGCCAAUGAAUUGCCUCAUACAGUACAAAGGCCUUUGUUUGGUAAUGUUACAGUACGUGCUCACGUUUCUUCAUUUCUGUUUGUGUGUGUUUGUGUUCAACGUCCAUGAACAGAACUAGCAUUAUAUAACUGUACUGCGAAUGCAUCCUGUUUUAGUAAACCAUUGUAUUUGUUUAUUUGCUAUGUCAUGCUCUGAAGAAAAUGGCACUAUUAUUGCUUAACAGGUUGGCUAAAUACAUAUUAUAAAUAUAUAUAUAUUUUGUUAGAAUAUGUUUUUUAGUAAAGGGUGUGAAUGUGUGUGCUUGUGUGGUUCUGUCUGUUUGUCUAUCUCUGUCCGUUGUGCGAGCAUUAAAAGAUGCUGUUUUAAGAGAAUAUAUGAGACCAAAAUGAAUUCCUUAUAUUUCUCCUUACUUCUCCAGUGCUUACUGCUGUAUUGUACAGUUUUUUAGAUGAAUGUUGAUAUCACUGGAUGUAAUAGCGUGUAAGUGUUAGAUAUAAAUGACAAAUUUUUAUUUUGUACUUUUGCCACUGACGUUGCUAUAUACUUUUUGAUCAUAACUUUUAUCAUACAUAUCACAUUUCCUGUGUGCUUAGAAUAUUUUUUAUAUAUAUUAUUUCAAUGUAUAUGUAGUUUUUCUUCGUUUCAUCCACUUAUAAUUGCUGUUUUUGUUUGUUUUUAUAGGCAUGAGUUUUAAAUAUGUAAGGAGAGAAAGAUAAUCGCUCAGUUGAAAAAAUGCUCCUGCAUAUUAUGAAUCAUGUCUAAUGUUUUUGUAGCACAUAAACUGUACUUUUUACUGCUGAGCAAUAAAAAUAAGCUUUAAAUGCUU